AUGGCAGGAAAAUUGACGGUUUACAAACCAUUUGAGGGGAGUACCGAGGAAGAAUUUGCGGCGCACGUUCCCGAAGAAGAAGAUUUCUUAUUAUGUACCAACUGUGGAUGGAAUGCCAGCACUCAGCUACAUACUGCUUAUGAAAGUCAUAUUAAAUGCAGGCCCAGCUCCAACAGAGCCAAAUUCUUGAGCGAGGAUACAACUGUACAUGUACCCAAAGUCAUAGAUUACUGGACGGAUAGUACAAGUCAUUUCAUGUUGAUGGAAAGAAUGUCAGGUGAGACUCUAGGGGCAGCUUAUAUGAACGGUGACAUUACUCGAAGUCAGCUUGCGACCAUCGCGAAAGAGGUGGUCGAAUAUCUUGUGCAAAUACGCAAAUUUACUUCGACGAGACUGGAAGAUCCAGAUGGAUCAUCUCUAAGAGACAAGCUUUUAGGCUCUCAGCACAACAAAGUAGUAUUCAUGACGGAAGAUGUUGACGAAUGGUGGGCUCGUACUGAACCUCGAUUAAAAGAAAAUAAAUCAGAAGAAUGGAAGAAGGAUUUUAAGGAGAACUAUCCCAUCAAAGGCGGACCCUACGUACUCUCGCAUGGCGACUUGCAUCCGAUUAGGCAAAAGGCAAGAGAAGCGGCUGAACAAGAUGCUGAGGAAGCUGCAGCUUUCAAGGCUUUCAAAGCUCUAAGUUUUGAGGGAAGGAAAAAUUUAAAGAACAAGGAUUAG